UUCAUUAUAUGAUAUCUUAUCUUGUUAUCUUUUGUCUUCGGUUUCGAUACUUUUUUGAAUGCAGAAAACAAUUUCUGUUUAAGUGCUUAUUUUCAGAACUAAUUAAAUUCUUAAUGAAGGAAAGCUUCUCUUUUUUCAGCAGAGUUUCAGAUAUAGUUUCCUGCUGUUGUAAACACACCGAUAUGAGAAAAAGUGAAGCCUUCUUUUUUUGUGCAAGUCAUUAAAAUAAAAUCUUGAACUUUAAUUUAACUUAAGUGGGCUUGUUGAAAGACUGCAGAAACAUUUUUUACCGUUUCAGGCUCGAUGUUUAAAUGAGAACUGAAAUGACAAGACUGAAUUAGAAACGAUACAAAUAUUAUAAACUUUUAUGCAUACCAAUCUAAUUCCGAACGGGAAGUAAUGUAGAAUUCCUUACAUUGAAUAGAGCAAAAUAGCGCACAUGUCCGAGUGGGAGAAUGCUGUUAGAAUAUUUGACUUAGGAGAUCAUGUGCAAGAAGUACAGCUGUGUCGUAGAAAAUGCAUGCGAUGUGAAAAAUUCAAAAUGCUAAAAUAAUUUAAUUAUAUUUAAAAAAAAAACAGUGUUAACACGGGUGUUAAAGAACAAUAAUUAAUUUUUAAGUUUGUGAAUGGAAAUAAUAGUUGUACAGAAUAAAAACUGUGUAUGUGAUUCGAGCAUUAAGAUAAUUGAAAAUAAGACUUGCAUUCCUCUUGACAUGAAUUAAGUUCUUAUCAGUUCAAAACAUGUAGCAACACAUUUGUAUUAAAAGAGAAGUUUAAUGUAAUGUGUUGAUACAUGCAUAAUUCAAAAGCCUGAUAUAGCUUCUACUUGUAACAUGUCUGCUCCAAGUGAAGAAAGUUCAAGUAGUGAUGAAAAGAAGCGCUAUACAUGCAAUAUAUGUCAGAAAUGUUUUGACGCACAUUCAACUGAAAAGCCUGGCAUAUGUGAUACAUGUAGCAAACUGAUUCAAGGCAGAAGCAAUGUAAACAAUGAAAUGUGGGUUAAUACAGAAAAAAAGCCUUAUACGUGUGAUAUAUGCCUAAAAGCAUGUAGUGCAAAGCAGUAUUUAGAUAUACAUAUGCGUACGCACACAGAUAUCAAACCAUAUGUGUGUAGUUUUUGUCCGAAGGUGUAUCGAGAUAAGUAUCACUUUAUAGCACACAAACAGAGCCAUGCAGAUGAGAAACCUUUCAUUUGUGAGACAUGCAACAAAUCAUUUUCGGCGAAGAAUAAUUUAGUGAAGCACAUUCGCAUACAUACAGGUGAAAAACCUCAUGCAUGUUAUGUCUGCAACAAGUCGUUUUCGAACAGGAGUGAUUUAAAAACGCAUGUUCGAAUUCACACAGGUGAUAAGCCAUUCAAGUGUGAAAUAUGCAACAAGGCAUUUGUCAAGCGCAGAGAUUUGAUGUACCACCGUCUAACUCACACAGGUGAAAAACCUUACACUUGUGAUAUAUGUCAUAAAUCAUUUGCAGGCAAGAGUCAUUUAACAAGGCAUGUUCUUACGCACACAGGUGAGAGGCCACAUUCGUGUGAAAUUUGUGGCAAGUCAUUCGCAGCAAAAAAUGAUUUGAAGAUGCACAUUCUAUUGCACACAGGGGAGAAGUCUCAGAUAUGUGAGGUAUGUAACAAGGCAUUUGCCCUAAAAUCGAAUUUAAGACAACACAUUCGCACACACACAGGUGAGAAACCUCAUGUAUGUGGGAUAUGCAAUGCAUGUUUUCCUAGGAAAAGAAAUUUAAACAGGCAUAUGGUUAUCCAUACUCGUGAGAAAUCUCAUAAGUGCGAUAUAUGUAAUGAAUCAUUUUUACACAAACAUCAAUUAAGGAAACACAUGAAAACUCACACAAAGGAGAAGCCACGUGCACAGAAAGAUACUUGCUUAUGAAGUUGACCAUUUGUAGAUUUGGCACUGAAUCUGCUACAAAGUAGUCACCUUCUAAAGUUACAUACUUUAUCCAGAAUUGUUACCACUACUGGAAGCAUGCCUAGAAUUCUUUUUCUGACAUCAGAAGGUAUUGUCUUCUUGUUUUUUCUUAAAUUGUUUCAGUAUCAUCUUCAAGUGGGACUUGAUUUUUGGAAAAAGGAAAAAUUCACAAGGUUCACAUUCAGAGAAUACAGUUACUUUUCAAGUUGGGGAAUUUCAUCUUUUCCGAAAACUGCUGAACGAGCUGAGUGGUAUGGGCCUUUGUAUUGCCAAGGUGGAGUUGACAUUGACCCGAGUAAUGGAAUUAUAGCCUUUUCUGAUGAACAGCAUGCCUAAAACAUCACGGCGAUUCGCAGUAGUACUUCUUCAUUAAUAUCUAAUGAGGUGGAAUAUAUUAAUGAUUAACAUUAUUCCCUGUAGUCAAAGAAAACCAUCAGCUUUGUCUUCGCAUUGUAUCAAGUUCAUUUGUACUGUCUUGUGUCUGGAACAAGUUGACGUCUUUUAUUGGAAAGACUGAAACUUAGUUUCGGGGUCACACUCAAAACCCACAAUUUUUCAGUUGUUAAUUCAGAAGACAAACAACAAAAAUCAGCGUUAUAUUUACAAAA